UGUGUUAAUGUCAGUGAUGUCAGUUAAUGCUAAUACUAGGUCAUUGAUCUUAAUUCUCUUAAAACUAUUCAUAAAAAGUAUUUUUCAGAUAAAGAAUCUAGCGCAAGCGAACAAUUUCAGUUACUCUUUAUACUAAAAUUAUUUUACACUUAAAAACUUAAAUAUUUAUGCGGUAAAUAUGUGAUAUAAAGAUCAUCCAUUUGUAUCCAAGUAUUUGUAGGUUAUGUGAUAUUAUAUUGAUUCCCCAUCUUGUCCAUUAAAAGAUUCGGAAGAUUCUUAUUCUUCCUAAUAUGAGAGAUUAUACUUGAGUAUAUUCUAAAAUUUAUUAAAUUUGCAUUAUUUUCUAUUUCGUUUCAUACAUUUUCAACAAAGUGUAAAGUGAACAAAGUUUUCAAAGAAAAGUGGAAUAUUAUCAUCCUGUCAUCUCACGAAUGUACUAUUUUUACUGUGAAUAAAAUGGAAGAACAAACAGAGAGGAAAGCAGCAACAGCUGUUGCUGAAGAGCCUAUUAAAGCGGAGGGAACAGUAGAAGCAUCUGAUACUAGUGAGAGAAGUGAUGGAGCAGCCUCACCACCACCGAAUUGUAGUAUUUGCCUCGGAAAACUCGUCAAUACAUCUUUCACAGACAGUUGUUUGCAUCAAUUUUGCUUUACAUGUCUGCUACAAUGGUCAAAAAUUAAAACCGAAUGUCCUCUUUGCAAGCAAACAUUUAAAUCUAUUAUUCACAAUGUCAGAUCUGAAGAGGAUUAUGAUCAAUAUCAUGUGCCGAGGGAAUUGGCAUCGCAAGUCGCUACAGCAACAUUGGAUGUUAAUUUUGAUUUUGUUGGUAAUGUUGGAACUGUCGGCGUUGGUGCUCUUGGUAGUAAUUGGGACUUUGGAAUCAGUCGCUUUAUGUACAGAUCUACAUUGGGAAAUCCAAAUCGUCGAGUUAACAUGAUAUUGAAUCCACAUGAAGUCGCGAGAAGGGAGCAAAUUCCCAGUGUUGCGCAGCAAUUGUCUCGAGAUGAAUUGAGACGAAGACAAAUCAAUCCUUCUGAUUUUCGACGAAAUGUUUACAGACUCGGUCUCUGGGCAAGUCCCUUGCCCGAUGUCUUUGGUAGAUUCCGCGAAUGUAGUGCCGAAUUCUACAGAAGACACCCUGCGGAAAUAACCCGCCUUAUUCCGUGGUUAAAUCGGGAAUUACAAGUUCUUCUUUACAAUAAUUUACCUCAUGUAGUAUACGUAUUAAGAAUAAUUAGCGACGCUCUAACCAGGUACCACAUACGAAGCAUUGAAUUCCACAAUCUUAUUCGUCCAUAUUUUGGAAUUCGUACCGAACAUUUUACACAUGAGCUGGUGAAUUUCGCUCGUACCAGUUUUGAUAUGGUUGGAUAUGAUCAAUCCGUUAUAUACCUUCCUGGUCGAAGUGAUUAUACAACAGGCGAUUUUGGAGCUCGAAUUUUAUCACCAGGUUCCAGUAGUUCAAGUUCAACUUCCGACGAUUCAGAUGUUCGGGUCGUUGAUGACUCUGUUGAUCGUCGAGGAAUUAAUUUCAGAAUUUCAACUCUCCUGUCGAAUUCUAUAAUGGACAUGCCAGGUCCCAGCACAUUGGCGCGUUCUUUUCAUAAUUAUGUUCCUCCCGUUGCUGUACCUGACGUUGUUUUAGUAUCUUCAUCCUCGUCCAGUUCUGACGAUGAGUGUGAAGUAAUUGGCUACGUGAAACCAAGACACGAAAGGACGCCAGAAAUAAUAGACCUCUCAAAUUCAGAGACCGAAGAAAUGGCUUCGCAAACCAUCGAGAUCAACGACACUCUUCCAACACCAACAAGUUUUGACGAAAGUCAACCGAGCACCUCCCAAGAAGUUCGAAAAGGUCGAAAAGUAGAUAAUCCAUUACCAGUCCAAAUGAUGGAAAUUCUCUCAUCACCCUCUUACAGCGAAACAUCCGACUCGGACAGCGAUUAUAAUCCAAUCGGAAAACACAAAGCAAGCAAAAAAACAGUGAGACGACGAAAAUCAUCAGCACCGAGAAAAAUUCUCAAAUCCAAACGAACAUUAUCAACAAACACAUUUUCAAGUUCAAGCGAAAGCGAAACAAAACACACAACAACAAAACGAACUGCCAAAAAGGAAACCAAACACAGUAGACGCGUUUCAAUAUCAUCAGGUACUAAUUCAGAGAAAUUAAAGAAAACCACCAUCAAAAAUAAAUCCAAAAAACAAGACACAUCAGGUUCAAAUAGUGAUACACCAUUUUAUGCAACUAGUGAAAGUGACAAUGAAUCGAAAUAUCAAAACGAAAGAAACACAGGAACAAAUUAUCACACUUCCAGUGAUUCAAGUACCGCGCGUAGUAGAAGUUCAUCAAAGUCACGUGCUGAAAAAACACGAACAUCACGACGCAUCCUGAAAAAAUCAGGAACAACUAAUUCACAUUCAAAGAAACGAGAUACACAUUGUGACAGUGAUACAUUAUCAGAAUCUGAUAAACCAAUAAAUUUAUCAUUAUCCGGAUAUAAUUCAUACGAUAACGAUAAAAAAAAUGUGCAAGAAAAAUCAUCUGAUUUAAAUGAAACAAUUGCCAGUAAUAAUGAUCAAACAGAAAAGAGAAUUGUUUAUAAAGAAACAAAUACCGAUCAUCGUAGUCUCGACGAUUUAGAACAACAUCGUUAUUAUAGAUCGCGUAGUCAAUGUAGUGUUUGCUCUGAUAAUACACGGACAAGUAAAAAAAAAUCAAAGCACAAAGAAAAACGCAAUCAUAAAUCGGAUAAAUCUUCCACAAAAUUCUAUCAUUCAAAUGAAGGUAAUUCAAUGAGUUCAUUAAACGAUGCACCAUCAAGCUCCAAACAUUCCUCCGAUUCAAAGAUUAGUUCUAGAUCAAGAUCGAAAAAUAAGCAUAAAUCACAUAAAAAAAGUAAAACAUCUAAACGCAGAAGAUCUCGUAGUACUUCACGAUCAAAAUCAAAGAAAAAAGCAACUCAUUCAACAGCUAUAGAACUACAAACAAAAUCAUAAUAAUAUUCAAAAAAAUGCCUUUGAAUAUGAUUUAUCCCCCUUUCCCCCUCUCUCUUUCUCUCUCCCUUAUCAGUUUGUAUCAUAAACAAAUUUUUCCUGGUAAAUUUAUGAAUCUACAUAUAUUUAUUUCAAAUUGAACAAUAAAAUUAAAUUUUCAAGAAUAAGGGGAAAAAAUAAUAAUUUGUAUGUAUUUAAAUUUUAUCAUCGCACGACGAAUUUCUAUCUCAUAUUGCUAUGCAAUUGAAUAGAAAUUCAAAAUGUUAACUGACAUAUUUCUCUUUUUACAAUAUAUAUAUAUAUAGUAUAUUAUUUUUUUUUUUUCUAUUUUUUUUUUCGUUUCUGCAGUAUCAGAAAAUUGUGUACAGUGUAAAUCGAAAAUUUUGACUUACUGUUUGUAGAAUAAAAUGAUAAGUAAGCGUCAAGAUUUCAUAUUACUGCAAUGUGCAUUAUUCGUGAGGGUGAAAACAAAAAAAAAAAAAAAAACAAAUCGUUUCUACAUUAUAAUAUAAGCAAUUAUUGCAUUCAUAUUCUGUAUUGUUGCGAAUUUACAUUUAUUUUCAAUACUUUCUUCCGCGUUUUAAUCAUAUAAUUAUGUAAUAAAUAUUAAAAAAAAAGAACAAGA